GGUAGAUUCAGGGAGUGAGUUACAGGGGUGGAAAUAAAAGCUGUGGUCCCAGCAGUCCUGGGCACUGAGGGACAGCGGUGACCAUGAGUGACUUCAAGGAAGCGAGGGCGCAGCAGCUGGGAUCCCUGGGGUGUCUGGGCCACGGGCAGUUCCCACUGGUGCUGAAGCUGCUCUGCCUCGUGGUCUUGGCUGGCCUCCUGGUUGCUGUCCUUGUCCAAGUCUCCAAGGUGCCGGGCUCCCAGGAACAGGAGCAGCAGCUGUCCAAGCAGGAGAAGGUGUACCAGGAGCUGACCCAGCUGAAGGCGGGAGUUGGCCGCCUAUGCCGCCCCUGCCCCUGGGACUGGACGUUCUUCCAAGGAAACUGUUACUUCUUCUCCAAGUCCCUGAGGAACUGGCACGACUCUGUCACCGCCUGCCAGGAAGAGGGGGCCCAACUAGUCAUCAUCGAAAGUGCCGAGGAGCAGAGCUUCCUGCAGCAGACUUCUAAGACCAAAGGCUAUACCUGGAUGGGACUCUCAGACCUGAAACACGAAGGCACCUGGCACUGGUUGGAUGGCUCACCUCUGUCACUCAGAUUCAUGACGUACUGGAACCCAGGGGAACCCAACAGUUCCGGGGAGGAGGACUGUGCGGAAUUUAGAGGCGACGGCUGGAAUGACUCUAAGUGUAGCUAUCAGAAAUUCUGGGUGUGCAAAAGACCUGCAGCGUCCUGCUCUGACAAGUGAGGCGGCUCCUCAGCCCCUGCAGCCCCAGCCUCCCUGCCGGUGGCAGAACUUUACCCAGGUGUACGCCAGGUGUGUCUCCUCGUCUCUGGGCACUGAGAUCGAUCUUCAAAAUAGCUCUCGGGCUCUUCUCUGUCAUUUCCCUGCUGCUGGGCCAUUUCUGUCCUUCCUGGAUCCCCCCGGCUUCCCUGGCUUUGAGGCUGUGUUGUGUCCAGUCUCUGCAGUUUAAUACAGUGGGCCUGGCUCAGGGGCUCAGGUGUAGCUCUCCAGGCAGCUUCCUAUCCCCCAAAUGCGUGUCCACCUUCCCAAAUAAACCCCUGUCUAUGCCUUGUCUGGCUUGUGCUGAAAUUCCUUUCCGUCUUGUAUGCCGAGAAUCCCUCUGGUCCUGAGUCAAGUCCCCCCGUCACCUGGACUCCUAGUACCCUUUGGAGACACUUCUGCUCCCCUGACACUCCGACCUGCUCCUGUUCGACUGACUGGGGAACUAACGGUGGACCCUGAGAUGUGCCUCCAAGUCCCCUUUUCAAGGAAGGACUUGUAGCCCCCCUGUGGAGAGUCCUCUUGGAGGUGGCUGUACCCUGUCAGCCCCUCCCCACCUAGAGAACCGCCUUCUCCAAAGUCAGGCUCCUUCCUGGUGGGAAUCUGGCCUUGCUGGGAAAGUCCGCUCAGGCUCCAGAGCUCUCCAGAGGGCCUGUCGCAGUGGACAUCUCUGCUGGACCUGUCCUUCUGCCCAUUUCUUCUCCCUCUGGCAGCAUAAUAAAUAUGUCAUUG